AUGGAGGGGCCUCUUCCGUCAUCCUCCCAAUUCAUCACCUCAAUCAUCCAUCGUUUAUCCCAAUUCCAUCCACCGCCACCGACAGCAGCUGCAACAGAAGACCGCAACGAUGACCAGAAUGAUCAAUAUCAAUACCCCGGACCAACAUCUCCCACUUCAACAACAGGCGCAAAUAAUAACCCAUUCACCCAACUCCCCAGUCUCCAGCUAUCAAAAGUAAAACCCCUGCUCCUAACACUUCACUGUCUCUUCCCCAAUGAGCUGUUGCUCGCCUUGGAUAUCCUAGAUCGCAAGAUUAUUAGGAGAUAUGAUUACAAGCUGGCAGCAGAUGCGCGACAACAGCAUCAGCAGCAUGGUAGAAAUGACACGGGAGUUUACUUCAUCCAUUCAUCUACAUCUUCGUCUCCAACUUCUGCUUCUGCGGCUUCUUAUUAUGCAAUGAACACAACAAGAGGAAAUACCAAUUAUGAAAAGUCACAUAUUGUCUGUCUAAAUGCCUGGAACUGCUCUUGUCCGGCCUUUAUGCUAGCUGCAUUUCGACCCUUGGGAUCUUCUUCCCGGGGUGCUUCUGAAGGAGAAAGAUGGGUCGGCGAAGAUGGGAUGCGGAAUGCUGCUCCCGUCCCUCCUCUAUUCAAUUCUUCAGUUGAAAGUCAAGAUCAAGGCAGAGACAAUGAAGACGAAGACGUAGGAUUUUCUCCAGUUGACAGUGCCGGUCCAUUCCCAUUUGGUGGCACUCUGGUCAAGGGCACAAUGAAGAUGAUGGAUGACGGGACGCCCGUGUGUAAGCAUUUACUUGCAUGUCUACUUGGGAGCCAGUGUCCAGGGUUGUUUGGAGGAGGUGUCGAGGAGGUAGUUGUUGAUGAUGAGAAGGAGAUGGCUGGGAGGUUCGCGGCAGGCUAG